CGUGCGCCCUGUCCGCUUUCCCAGCGCGGUGGGCGGCGGUGUGGACCACGGGUCGGGCCGGGAGGGAGCUGAGGCGCGGCGGGCGCGUGUGCACCCGCACUCAUUUACCUGCAGGUGACAGAAGAUGUGUGAAAUGAGUGACUCUGAAGAUGACGGUGUCCCCCAGCUGUCGUCCCAUGCCCUGGCAGCUCUGCAGGAAUUUUAUGCUGAGCAGAGGCAGCACGCCGACCCCGCUGGUGCUGAGAAGUAUAACAUCGGAGUAAUAGAAGAGAACUGGCAGCUGAGCCAGUUCUGGUAUGAUCAGGAGACUGCCCGGCGGCUCGCAGAGGAGGCCAGGGCAGCUGCAGGAGAAGGUGGCAGGAUAGCGUGUGUCAGCGCACCCAGUGUUUACCAGAAGCUGAGAGAGCUGCAGGGGGAGGCAGCCUCGUCCGUCUGCAUCUUCGAAUAUGACAGAAGAUUUGCCGUGUACGGAGAGGAGUUUAUCUUCUAUGAUUACCGCAGUCCAAUGGAUUUGCCCAAGAAAGUUGCCGCACACAGCUUUGACAUCGUGAUAGCAGACCCCCCCUACCUCUCCGAGGAAUGUCUGAGAAAAACAGCCGAAACCGUCAAGUACCUGACUCAGGGCAAGAUUCUGCUGUGCACAGGUGCCGUCAUGGAGGAAGUGGCAGCAAAACUUCUUGGAGUGAAGAUGUGCAAGUUUAUUCCAAAACACACUCGAACCUUGGCAAACGAGUUUCGCUGUUACGUGAAUUACGAUUCUGGGCUGGACCGUGAAUUGUGAAUGCAGUUGGUAAUACGGUGCAGAAAGGACCCAUAGCAGGAGAGCAGAAGCACUCGCAGCUUAGCGACUGGCCAGGACCCUGAUUAGACAGGAGCUUGGCCUCUGCGUCGGGUGCAUGUCGCAUGUGUGGAGUGGCCCACAGAUGUCCCGCUGUGCUUUGACAGCAGUGCGGUUUGGAGUUGUAGCUGAGGAUGAAGGUCGUGUCCAGUUCACAGCUGUCUCCCAGGAGCUCAGUGCCCAGAACAGGGCCAUGUGCUCAAUAAAUAUUAAAUGAAUGAAUGUUCCCUUUGGAUUAAAAUGCAAAUGAAGGUUGUCGGUCUAGGUCUGGGAAGAGAAAGCUGAUUUCUCCCAUGGGGAAUGUGCUGCCUUCUAACAGUUAAGGUUAGUUAAGCUAACUCCCAACACAGCUAGUGGAAACGGUAUAUUGUUCGUGCAGUGUACUCUCCUUCAGCCCACUCUCUGCUGAUGUUUACACUAUUUGUAUUUGUGGAGUGGCUGG